AUGGAUUGGAUCAUUUUGACAUGCGUUAUUGCUUUCAUCGUCUCAGGACAGCCUGAAGGCGUUGCAGCACGGAAACCAAGGAUAAAAUCCAACGCAAAGAACGGCAUCAUUCAAGAAGGAAAUGAACUGAGAAUAUCCUGUAAGGGUGACAGCAAACUCCACUUUUCAACCAUGGAUGUUCCACAUCAGUCAGACCCGUGCAUUAAUGAUCUGAAUUUCGGUUGGGAUACUGUCUCCUUCGUUUGUCAUAAUGCUACUCGAAGAGACACAGGAUGGUAUGCUUGUGCGGAGGAGGGUAUCAAAAUCCGCAACACUGACCAAACUCUUCAACACGCUCAUCAUGACAUCGCUUGGAUUCAUAUCUACGUAAAUUCUACGGAACCGUUUGCCGAGACGGUCCCAUACAGAGACGUAAAGGUUAAAGGCAAGCCAGUCAUUCCAUGUCGAACAACGUCGCCUCAUUGGAAAGUAGCGCUUCGUUUGCUGAACGAAGAUGUGCCGGGACAGUUCGAUCCGGAAAUCGGGUUCAUUGUGGCGGACGGUGUAGAAUCCUUGGACGAGCAGUUAGUUGAAUGUCACGCAAUCAACAAUGAGAACAACACGUUAGACGGUGUAGGACCAGUUGAGUAUGGCAUAACCGAAAUAAAAGAUGACGUCGCAAAACCCAAACCAAAGAUUAAGGAAACCGCGUUACACCACAUGGUCUGGGGGAGAGAUCAAAAUAUAACUUGCACAGUCACCGUUACACUACCGCAAACUCUCGGAACACACCCACUUGACUGGAAACUCCCCGAAUCAGUCCAGGUAAGUGAAGUACUCAACAGCGCCGUUACAGUAAUAAACCCCAUGGAUGUUUGUAAAAUUUCGGCGGAAAAUUUAUUUAUCACUUGCACUUCCAAUCUGACAAUUAAAAGUGUAAGGGAAAGUGAUAGCGGUGACUAUACUUGUUUCCUACCGGAACAUCGCGGCGAUCUGGAUACAGAAGACACGCGUCACAUCAAAUUUUGGAAUCCGGAUUACUCUUUCAUCGAUAUAAGUAUCUACGACAGUGAUGGUUCUCAUUCAAUUGUGGGAAAAGUGGGAGAGACUUCCAAAUGGAAUAUUAAAAUUGACACAUAUCCCGAAUACUCUGAGCUGCACUGGUACAAGAAGAAAGAUGAUAGAGACAUAGAAAUCGAAUUGACGAAACUCAGCAGAUUCCAGGUAAAACGCUCAAAUCUAAACCACCUUUUUGAGAUACAUAAUUCGGAGGUGAAGGAUAAUGGCGAUUACGUCAUUCUCGUGAGGACCAAAAAUGAGGAGAAAAAAAUGAAUCUUCACUUGAGAAUUGAUGCCUCACCACAACCCUGUAUCACCCCUUCCAUGGCAUACGUUGCACCAGGCCAGUCGAAAAAUUUUUUGUGCACAACAGUCAGUCAUCCAUUAGCAAACGUGACAUGGAGUUACAUGGAAUGGCCUCACUAUCCAUUAUUGAAUGGAAGUAGGCCUGUAUUUUUUCCGGAAUCUGGAGAUUCUCGAAGUAUCGAUUUGGUGACUUCGGUAUCACGUUUCAACAUAAAGAUAAACGAUACAGGAAAUUUAACAUGCAAAAGCUGCAACGAUAUUGGCUGUGUCGAAGAUACGAAAUUAAUCUACGUCUCUGAGGUUAAUGCAUCGUUCGGUAUAAUACCUCUCGAAUCUGUCGUGGAAGGUGACGACAUCAAUAUCACGUGUGGUAUUUCAGUUUAUCACAAUUUUAGUGACGGUAAGAUUCUCGGAUGGAACAUCAGUGAUUUGGAACUUGAAACCGGUAGAAUAAGGAUUUUGAGCAAUAAAACGAAAUUUACGCAUCAAUCCAUCCUUGAAAUACGCGGAGUGAAUCUAUCAGACGAAGGGACUUACGUUUGCGACGUUUUCGACAAGAGUAAGGAUUUCAAAUCCGAGGCAUAUAACUUAUCAGUGACGGCUAGGAUUGGAGCGAGAAUAGAUGAAUGGAACAUAAACACUAAAAAGUUAGUGAUAGACACGGAUAAAAAACAAAAAGAUGGCAUAGUUCUGAGAUGUAUAGCUGUCGGAAUGCCAAAACCAGAAACAGUCUGGUUGAAGGAUGGCAAGGUAAUAGCAGGCAGCCAAGGGUACAAAAUUUCGGAAGAUAAAUCUCAGUUCCACAUAAAAUCCUUUUUCGAGCAAGAUAGUGGAGUUUAUACGUGUCGAGUUGAGAAUCGACUUAACCGCGAUGAAAGAUCCGUGAAAAUUGAAGUCAAAGGACAAAGUUACGUAAUUUGGAUUAGUUUGAUCUGCGUGCUUGUCAUAAUCAGUGUCAUAAUUAUUAUUUAUAUGGGAAUUCAAGUGAAACACGACAGACGUUUGAAAAAGGAGCUACUUGAGGCAGGAUUGACUACUUUUGUCGAAGGAGCGGUCGAAUGCCUGAAUCCCGAUUUGAACAUCGAUGAUCAGGCCGAGUUAUUGCCUUACGAUAAAAAAUGGGAAUUCCCUCGGGAACGCUUGAAACUCGGCAAGCAAUUAGGAAGUGGUGCAUUCGGUGUGGUGAUGAAAGCCGAGGCACAAGGCAUUCGCGUCGAAGAAGAAGUGACCACCGUUGCUGUGAAGAUGGUUCGACGAUCGGCAGAGCCAAGUUACAUGAAAGCCCUAUCUAGCGAACUGAAGAUCAUGACACACCUCGGCCAACACUUGAACGUCGUUAACCUUCUCGGAGCUUGCACCAAAAACAUUCUCACCAAGCGUGAACUAUACGUGAUUGUGGAGUACUGCCGCUUCGGGAAUUUGCACAACUACUUGCAACGUCACAGAGAUAGUUUUAUCAACCAGAUCGAUCCUUCUACUAAAAAAAUUGAUAUAAAAAUCGGUAUAGAACUUUUAGCUAGAUGUGAUAGUGUCGGUGAACAGAGGAGGUAUGCACGCACGUUAUCAGCAUUUUCUCGCAGUGUCAGCAUCAGGUCAACCGAAACCAAUAAUGGUGCCGAACUAAUGGACCACUACCAAAACACAGAUUUCGUUGACAUAAACAUGUCCCCAGACGGUCUUGUUUUGAGUAACAAUUCAGUACAGCCUGGGUGGCGAUCCAAUUAUCGAGGUGAUUACAGAGAUUAUAACUUGAAACCAACUUGCACCCAAGACUUACUUUGUUGGGCAUGGCAGGUUGCACGAGGCAUGGAAUAUCUCAGCAGUAGAAGAGUUUUACACGGUGAUUUAGCAGCGCGAAAUAUUCUGCUUGCGGACGAUCGUUUGGUAAAAAUUUGCGACUUUGGUUUAGCUAAAAAUAUGUACAAGGAUGAUAACUAUCAAAAGAAAGAAAACAGUCCUCUACCAAUUAAAUGGAUGGCCAUUGAAUCCAUCAGAGAUAAAAUAUUUUCAACACAAUCGGAUAUUUGGUCCUUUGGAAUAGUUUUAUGGGAGUUUUUCACGCUUGCGCAUACGCCAUAUCCCGGGAUGGAUGCUGAGAAGCAAUAUCACAGACUUGUCGAAGGGUAUCGCAUGGAGAAACCAGAAUAUGCAACCAGCGAAAUAUACGAUUUUAUGCUAGAAUGCUGGAACGCCAAGCCGUCCUUGCGUCCUACAUUUCCUGAGCUCGUAGGAAAGCUUGGCGAUCUGUUGAAUGAAAGUGUUAGAAUGCAUUACUGCGAGCAGGACGAUACUUAUACUGAGAUGAACAACAGAAAUUUGGAGGAUGGCCAAAACGAUUACCUGACUAUGAUGUUCGCGCCAAAUACAAAUGACCAAGAUUUAUGUGAUGGAACGAUGGAGCCAUCGCCAAAUUCAAAUUAUCUGCCCAUGAGCCCAAUAAAGUCGAUCGGAGACUCAGACAUUUUCAGCCCGCGAACAAAAGACAGUGAAUAUCAUUUUGAUUUUCCUUCUACCAGCAACGAGACUGCGAUUGAUUCAAUCCGAUCGGGUGAAAAGUCUAGGGAAGAGAAAACGCGAGAAGAUCCACAAGAAAAGGAAGCUGAAUUAAACAAGAAAGAUUUGAAAUUUAGUACAAUUGCAACAGACAAGAAUUAUUCUAAUGUCAUCAACAAUCGUCCUGCAUCGAACCCGCCGAAUCAGCUUCAAGAUGAACUGAAAGCCUCCAAUCGAAAUUUUAAGGAUGAAAACAUAGGAAAUAAUUACAUUAAUUUCCCAGCCAAUCUAACCAAACCAGAUCAUUACAUUAAUAUGCCACAGCAAAAAAAUAAUCAACCGAAAAAUCCGUUGGACAGUUUUAGUAACCCAAGCUAUGUAACUAUACCUCAGUCGUGAUGAGGUGAGCAAUUUGCACGGCGAACUAGAAAAGACUUUUUAAUAUACUUUCCAUCACCAAAUGCUAAAAUA